CACGAAUAAUCUUCCUCUUUUCUUGAUUGAUUGAGGGAGUCAAUUCGGGCUACGGGAGAAACUUGAGAAGCCUUCUCCCUGUAACUCGAAUACAAAAUGAGACUACGACUGUCUAUCCACCGCAAUGGCCUCCCCGUCACCAAUGUCCUCUGGACGGUAGGCCAGACAGCAUCCUAUGUUGCUGCCACCGCAAACACAACCAUUUCGCAGCUUCUCGAUAACGUCAACGAGAUUAUCCCCCUUGAGUCUGAAGAAUGGGGCUUGGAAGAUUACGUGGUUGAAGUGCGAGGCUUCGAGUGUUUACAUUUCUGCGAACUAGGCAGCGUCUUGAAAGACGAAGACGAGGUUACGAUACGCCCCCUUCAGUCGACAGAUUUGCGUUUUCGGAAAUUGUCCGGGAGGCAUCAGAUUGCGCACGAUGGCAAACAUCUCAUUGACGGUGUCGCCUUUGGCCGGCCAUUUCUGCGGAUUGCACCUCGGCCAGCAAUAAAUAUACCCCCAAGGAAGCGGAGAAGGCUUCUUAGUGAGGAAGAAGGAAGAGAUGCCAGAGAAGAAAUAGAGACUCUGCAGCCGCAGUUACUCCUCCGCGCUGCGUCCGAUGACGCCGAUGAGAACGGAGAUUCGGACAAGGAGAAUGAUGCAGACUAUGUUCCUGGAAUAGACGAGGAUGAGGAAGAAGAUAGUGAUGGCGAUGUCCUAGAACAUGAAGAGGAAGCCCUCGAGGACGGCGAAGCUUCGUAUCCAGUUGCGCGGGAUCGAAUUGGGGAGUCUUCCGAGAGAUCAUUAAGGUUGGAUGGGACAGGCGAACGAGAACGCGGAACAUCUCGACGUUCAGAGAGAAGAACUAGAUUUCUCUUGGAGCAAGAACGACCGUCAGAAGCGCCUACUGAAAGACAGUCUUAUACUCCGGGAGAAUACGAGAAUCCGCUCCUUGACUAUUUUGCCAGCGCUGGCAAUCCUGCGCCGGAAAGCAGCAAUACAUGGCCGGAAAGCGAGUCGGUCACAGUAUCCAGAAUCAGACCGGCUAAACAUGUUUCGAACACACCUUCAGGUCCAACUGAGCGGUCCGAUGCUCCUAUAUUGACUUCACCUGUGGAUAUCAAAGUUGAAUUAAAUACCGCUGAAAGCUCAGAAGAUGAGCAUGAAGCUAUGGAUUAUGACUCUGAAAAUUCGGAAUCUGAAUCGGAGCCAGCUGAUUUACGUCGGGGAAUAUCUGGCAAGUCUUCAGAAGAGAGCUCUGAAAAGUCCUCCGAGAGCUCUUCGGAAGAUUCGUCCGAUGACUCCUCAGAAGAUUCGUCAGAUGACCCAUCUGACCGGGAAAUUUUGCCUGGAGCUCGUGAUUGGAGUGCUAGUUCCGACUCGUCCAGCUCGGAUCAGACAAGCGAUGAAAGAGAAGAUGAUGUUGAAGAUGAUGGUGAUGACGAUGAUAGUUCCUCUUCAAAUGCUUCUAAUUCUAGCAGCGACUCUUCGUCAGAGGAAUCAGACAGUUCCUCGGCCACUUCUUCGUCCGAUGAGGAUUCUUCAGGAUCAGAGCCAGAAGAGAUAUCGUCUCAUGAACCUGGCCAGAGAUCGGCAACUUCUGUACCCGUUGGCGACAGCAUGACAGCUCAGCACAUCGCAAAUGCUCCCAAGACACUUGUCACAAAGCCGCCAACUACGACUGCCACUUCUGUUCCCCCUGGUAGCGGGCGCCCAGAGACAAGGAAGCGCAAUCAAAGACGACGCGACCACUUCAAAAUUGAGAGCUUAAAGGCUCAGGGACUUCUACCGCACAACGCUGGCCGACGGGAAUUGGCUGAGUACAUUUCUAAUGGAGCUCUUGAUUCAGAGAAAGUUUCGUCAAAAGACGAAAUUUCGGCGCAAAAGUCCCGCGAGGCAGCAGAAUUCGAGGCUAAGAGGCAACAACUACUUCUUGCGUUGGCAUCCGGAGGAAUUGAGGUCGAUCAACCCAGAAGACGCAUGGAGCAGGCUGAGACUGGGAGUCCUCAAGAAAGGGUCACAUCUUAUCAGCCUACCCAUCCCAGUCACAGUCGCGUUGAGGAGGCCGAGUCCGCAACGAUUGAGAGGCCCGCCCAUUUGGGCGAAGCUCCCGAGGCUUUACAACGGAAGACCAAAGUCGAUGUUGCGGGUUCCAGGACGCGAGAUGAUAUCCAUGAUGACGAAGAAAGCUGGAAGGACAAGAUAUCCAUGAUGGCGGUAGAAUGUUGUGAAGACGGGAUUGAGCUGAGCGCACCGCCAUUUCCUUUUGUUCAGCGCUGGGAUCCUCAGCAGCAGCUCAACAACAGGCGAAAUAAUCGCAGUAAAAACAAGCGACGAAAGAGAAAUUAUGAUCAAUACUACGAGGAUGAAGCACAGGAUUACAACUACGAUAAUCAAGGAUAUGAUUAUGAGGACCAAGAAUACUACUAUGGCGACGAGGAAUACUUGGCUGCCGAGCCGGAGCUUAACUAUGACGAUGAGCCAUAUGAGGAGAAUGCUGCCGCAGCGGGUGCCAUUGGGGUUGAUCGCCGAGUUGAGACAGAAGUCAACGAUCAAAUUAUGCGUGACACUGAAGCGGACGCAAGGCACGCCCUUCGAAGUGAAGAAGCUGAGGAUGACUUACCACCUCUUCCCUCAGAUCUCAGCACUCUCAAGCAUUUCACACUGGAAGAGGCUGUCCCGGGGGCGGUCAUUGCGUUUAGACAACUUACAGUGUCGCAAGCCACAAACUGGGAGCCGAAAAUUACAGAUAUCCGUACAGCUCGCAUUGACACCUCUACAGAUGGCAUGCUAGAGUUGACUCUUGCCAAGCGCGACACUCCUCGAAAAAACAAAUCUUUUGACAAUGAAACCGGCAAGAGAAUAUUCGGCAGGUUCGAGAUGCCAUAUUCAGACAAUGAAGACGAUAAUGAGGGGUAUAUGGAGGUUUCAUAUGACGAAUUGAUGGACCCAAAGCUUGUCAGAGAAGCGGGAUCAGGGUCAAUUGUGGGAAAUGGGCAGGAAGCCAAUAAACUAUAUCAGGGUCCGUCCGCCGAAGUUUUCACCGAACACACAGAGUCUAACCAACAGCCAUCUCAGCCUGAGCACCCAGUCGGUCGACCAAAAGAACAUGUUCGUUCUAAAGCAUUACAGUUGAUUCGUGAUGCUGGAUUUCGAACCAGUUUAGGAUCAGAAGUUGAGUCUGUUAUCCGCAACUACGGAACAACGUCUACAAACAAUCCAGCCAACACCAUCUCAACCCCCUUGCGUAACGACGGACCAGGUUCUGUAUCCCCCCGGUUUCAUGGCAUUGGAUCUAGCCCGCCACGGGAUGAAUCCAACGACGAGACUCCUAGAGCCCAGGCCCCUCGUAGUCGGGAAAGACUUCCAAGCUCAAACGGCCCGGCGUCAAUAAUCGACUUGUACGGUGUAUCCUCUCCGACAAGGGCUAUCCCGUCCGCCACAGAGGCCAGUGCUGCUGAUCAGCAGAGGCAAUCCUUUGACCAUAAUAUAUCCUUUGAGACUGCUCCUGAAGGACCUUCCAAUAACGGAGACACCUCGACCACUAGCCACACGCUCGUUGGCGAACAAGACAGGCCCGAUUCCGAAAAUGAGUUUCCAGAGGUCGAAGACAUUCUUUCCAGCGCAAAAUCUUCAUUUGAGUCGAUCAAGCGAGAGGCAGCGGAUUCUCCUGCUCGCGGCAGUCCAACAGCAAACAGAGUCUCAGAAUCCAGAGCCAUGUCAGAGUCGGGUUCGGCGGCCGUUUCAGACACAAGUCUAAAGCACAUGUCUGCCAUUGCAGCUUUGAAACGAAAAAGCGAGACCGCAGCAAAACCCGCAAAGAAGCGUGGCAGGCCGCGAAACGACCAGGCCGAGACUCCUCUAGCCCAGGCAUCGACCAGUCAGCUUCCCCGCGCAGGAACCAGCACUCAGUCAUCCUCUCGCAAGGAAUCACUUGCCGCUGAUAGCGACGAGAAUGAUUUCGACGUCGCUGUCGGCAUGGAUUUUGGACUUGGAGCAGACACUGAGGACCCCGCUGCUGCCCCGUUUUCCAAACAACUUGCUGAAAACACAUUAAAUAAUAACAAUCUACCACCACCUUCCUCUGCUCCGCCCGCAUCAGCAUACACUAUCGAUCUCACACUCUCUAGCGACCCUCCCGCCCCAGCUGAUGACAACGAUAAUGAGUCCGAUGAGAAUUAUAAUUCCGAGUUAGGCCUUCCUGCAGGCGAAGGCUGGGUCAGAAAGCGCAAGGCUCGAAGCGUUCAGCCCUACGGAUUCUCUUCGUCUCAGCCAGUCAUCGGUAGCGCACAUACUAGGAGAACCACAAGGCAAGCUUCUGCUGCAGCCGCUGCAACUUACCCUACUGCCGGAGGUUCUACUGGUGUAGGGAAGAGGAAGAGGUUUACAUGACCACCACGUUUGAUUAUGAUUGGCAGCCACAUUUGUUUCAGAUGAAAGGCAAAUUUCUUUUCAGCUAUUUUUCCUUCUUUUUUAAGAAACAAAUAUUUAAUCAUUUUCAUCUUGCCUGGGGCUAUCGACUUCAUUCAUGGCACUCUUGCCCUAGCUUCCUCCAAUUAUUCUUUAAUUCCUUACUUGUCUCGCAUCUUCUCCUAUCGAACACAUCUCAUCUCUUGCAACGGGAUUCCUUCAUACUUUGGGGAGAUUUGUAUUUGGAGUUGAGGAGUGAGCUAUCUCUAUCGGCUUUUACUUGUCAUUUAUUUUGCACAUAUUAUCAUUUGCCAAGUAGCCUAGCGCGCGGAGCUGAUUUAUAGUCGAGAGCUCUCCAAAAGUAUUCAUUUAAUUCUGUCCUCAGCAAGACCAAGGUCAAGUGAAAUGGGAAUGAUGGGAUAAU